UUCUUAAAUGUUCUGCAGGACAAUGUUUGAGGAGCUGGACACAGAACUCAUCCCAUUACAGAUUGAUUUUAAAGGUUAUUUGUACAAAAUUUUAAAUUUCCCGUUCUCCAACACGACUCCACACAAGUGGAGAAAGAUGUGUGACUGGGAAAGAUGAUUUUUUAAAACAAUAAAGUCCUUUCAGAUGAAUUCAAUAAAACGUGUAGAAAGUGUGGUCAAAGUGUGUGAAACGUACAAGUUUAAAAACAAUGGUUUACUGGUUUGGAUUGGGGGCGAUUCCAAUUUACAUAUUCAUAACGUCGCCUGGUCUUUUCAAUCUUUGGCUGUCCGAUUUCGGCAAGUCUGUGCCCACUGUAUCCUCAGAAUCCUAACCUUGUGCGGUCAUUGGCUGAGGUUGGUGGAAAUAGUGGUUAUUGAAGGUUAUUGUAACCUUCCUGUCAGCUUGAACCAGUCUGGCCAUUCUCCUCUAACCUCUCUCAUCUACAAGGCAGAACUGUCACCCACUGCAUGUUCUGUUUUGCCUCAGAAAUACUCUAUUCCGAAACCAGCUCAUUUGGCACCAACAACCUUAAAAAAACUUAAAAAUAACAACAAGAAAAAAUCGUUUUGUUAUAUGGAAUUCUGCUCCAUGCCACAUCCUGUAUAACAUGGGUUUCAUGGUAAAUAUGCAUCCUGGGAAAAUUGCAGUCGAAACUUGGGUGUGAAGACUCUGACGCUUUGGUGUGUAGCUGGCCUUCACUUGCCCUGGCACUAUGUUUUAUAGAUACUGCUAAACCAGUUUGUUCUAAGAGCACAGGCCAAGGCCACUGUUCUGGCCUUGCCUCCCAUUUCUCAUACCUCCCAUAUCUCAUCCUCACCAUUUGAAGAACGCAUGAUACCACUUUGCUGUUAUGUCUCAUGGACAGUAAAUUCUUUUCUGGGUCCAAAGAAUCACUGUACAAAUUCUGUUGUUCCUCACAAGAACAAAUAAAAUGAGAAAUGUUUACAGUGUGACUCAGCCACAAUGGAAAGUAUUGCUUCUGCACUCUAUCAGCUUACUGAUCUAUUUCGGUCUGCUCUGAAUCAAGGAAAUAUAUAAUGUGUUCAAGCUGGGGUGUUACUGCAGAGACAUUCACUGUUCUGCACUGGGCACUCUCUCCAGCUGUAACAGUCACAUCAAUACUCUGCUAACUCAUUUGCCUCGACUUACGAGUCUUCUAGGGAGGGAAAACAAUUGUAUUUUUCUACCAUAUUGUGCAUGUACUCUCACUACACAUGACUGAAUAAAGAAAUUAGCCUCAAAUCUGGUGAAGCGGUUCUUACUGAACCGAACAAUUUACCGCAAAAGGACCAUUGGGGGAAGUUCGUGUAGAGGGCAUUGUUGGAGGAAGAAGGGUCAGAGUCAGAAUGCAUCCCGCUGUCUCUGGCAAAUUUCAGUAAUAUGCAGCACAGCCUUCGAAUAUUCCUCCACCCUCAAAACUCAAACAAAAUUUACUCGACCUAUAAUACAGUUGUUUAUGCUUAAGGAGGAGUCAGACUUCCACCUCAUACUAAAAAAAAAAGUCCUGCUCCAUCAGCUAUUUUCAAUCCAGUGGAGAGUCUCUUAACUCGAGCUUAACUUAGAAAGACACAUCAGGAAGGAAAACUUGAUAAAUUGGUCUGAAAGAACUCCAACAUGCUUGAACAAGUGAUGCCAUAUAAGCCAAAAAACCUGGCAGAAGACAUGAUCUUAUGUGCUGAAUUAAGAGAAAAGGGAAGCAAGGUUACAGCCAAGCGUUUAACUAAAGAAAAGAAGGGCACAUAUCCCCAAACAGGAACCCCUGCUGACUGCAGCACUUGGUGGAUGCAGUUCAAAGAGGGUAAAAAGAAGGACAAAAUGGCGAUGGUAGUCAUGGCUUCUCACUAUAACCACGUUGUCAAGCUACUGGACAUGUGGCAAAGUGAAGUGUUACAGCUCAAGGCUAAAACAAAGUCUCAAGAAGAAGAGAUCAAAUUACUGAAGCUGAAACUCCAGCAACGGGACGAAGAAAACACGCGACUAAAUUAUGAGCUGUCUAACAAUUCUAAGAAAGUGUUACAACUCGAGUAUAAAACAACGUCUCACAAGGAAGAGAUCAAAUUACUGAAGCUGAAACUCCAGCAACGGGACGAAGAAAACACGCAACUAAAUUAUGAGCUGUCUAACAAUUCUAAGAAAGUGUUACAACUCGAGUAUAAAACAACGUCUCACAAGGAAGAGAUUAAAUUGCUGACGGUGAAACUCCUGCAGUGGGAAGCAGAAAAUGGGCAACUAAACUACGUGAUGUCUAAAAAUUCUAGCAAAGUGUUACAGCUCAAGUCUAACGCAGACUCUCUAAAGGAAGAGAUCACCUCACUAAAGCUGAGAAUCCAGGAACAGAACGCAGAAAAUGAGCAACUGAAAAACAAGAUUGCUAAUUACAUUCCUUCCACUGAUGGCUCCAGCACUUGUGACUUGCAGUGCAACCUGGCAGAGAUCACUUCCUGCUCUCCUUAAAGAACUUCCAGACUUGCAGUAUGACAACUCCAACUACGAGUUCUGGGCCAAGAUAAAGAGCUGGCUCCUCAAAGGAGAAGUGGAUCCUAAAUGUGUCUUUAAACUUGUAAAAACAAAAUGCCCUCUAAAAGCUUGGCAGGCAAUAGAAGAGAACUUCGACAACAAAGACCUGACUGAGAUGGCCUUUUCGAACCCUGCAACGAUGAGCAGACUGUUGGAGAAGCUCUGGAAGUGUGUAUCAGAAGCUCUAGGGCCAGGUACCAAACUGUUUGAGCUGUACUACUACCGGAGGCAAGAGGUUGGUGAAACAUUCGAAGAGUAUUUUCAAGAGAAGUUCAGGCUGUAUUGCUCCUACGGGGUGGACAACACAGAGCCGAACAAGAACGACCGACAUUUUCUCUGUAACGUCAUGGAGAAAGCGGCAAAGAGCUAUCAGGCCAUAGAGUCGCAGUGCCCCAAAAGCUACACUGAUUUGCUGACCAAGGCCAUGUUUAUUGACAGGAUGCUAACGACAGCUGAAUUUAACAAUGAGUGCUUGAACUGCUGCAGGAAAGGCCACACUAAAGCUCAGUGCAGAAGACCGGGAGGGGACGCAGAGGUCGGGCCUAACCAGUGCUUUACAUGUGGGAGGUACGGUCACUGGGCCAGGAACUGCUGGACUUAGUAUCAGCAAGUGAUCAGGAAUGUUGGAAAGGUUAAAAACCAGAUCACAAGCAUGUCAGCUAGUGCAUGUUCCAUGUUAAACUACCAUUCCUGCAAUUUUCUAUCCCUUGUUCACUUGAAAAUCCACUUAAAAGUUGAGUUUCUGUCACCCUCCAUAGCUGUCAUAUGCCAUAUACUGUACUCUUGUAUAAAGCAACGUUAAUAUCACCUACAUAUAACGUUACAUUUUCUGCUUUGCUUUGUUAGACAAACUGGUAGGGUUAUAAACUGUAAUUCAUAGAAAAAAAAAUCAAGCAUUAGGUAACUGACAUGCUGUCCACUCUACUUGCCAAUGCAACUUAAUUAUAGACAGUUUCUUGUCUUUCUUUAGUUUCUGAACUGGUUAUUUAAUUUUAUUUUAGGAUUAUUAAGCCUUUGUAUUGUCAGAUUUUGGUUUUAGGGUGGAAGCACACUAUGACUGCUUUACCAAAUGAACAGUUAGUAAUUUGUCACACAUUUUUAAUGGUUUUAAUGGUACACUGAAAUCUGUAUCUGCUCUUGAUAUGCUGAUUACAUCUUUUGUCCUUUUAUAUAAACAUUACUUACAUUGCAAAUUAUCCCUAACUACAAAACUACAGGCUAUGGAGUAAUUUUUUUAUGUUGAUCUUUGUGUCUCUUGUAUAUUUAGUGCAUUGCAUAUAAAGACUCUGAUUCGAGCUCA